AUGCUCCUCUUUCGAGUGCUCCCCUUGAUUCUAGGCCUCGCAGACUGCGCCUGCGCCCUCAUCCCCAAACCCCCUAAUUACGAAGGGGAGAAUUACAAUUAUGAUUUGACUUACCAACCCCCGCUCAAGAUCCUCGAGGAGCCGCAGUACAGAGACGACUCCGAGAAAACCGAUGCCAUCGCCGAGGCCUUCCGACACUCAUGGCGGGGCUACUACACCUACGCCUUUCCAAAGGAUACCUUGAACCCGUUGAGUGGCACAUUUGAGAAUGAUUUGAGUGGAUUUGGUAGUACGGCUAUCGAGUCGUUAACCACGGCCAUCAUCAUGGGCGAAGAGACCAUCAUGGAUCGCAUCAUGUGGUUCAUUGGCAGCGCCACCUUUACCGUCACCAAGCUGGUUGCCGACGAAGUCAACGUCUACGAGGCGACUAUUCGACUUAUUGGCUCAAUGGUCUCGGCUUACGACCUCCUCAACGGCCCCUAUCGAGGAUAUGCCUCAACAAAGUCUAGCCUGAACGCCCUCUUGGACCAGGCAGUCCUCCUAACAGAUGUUUUAAAGGUUGCCUUUGGCUCAGACACAAGAAUCCCCGCCGGGGGUGUCCUCUUGACGCCCAUGAUACAGAGGUCAGGACGUCUAGAGACAACCCUAGGAGCAGCCGGCGGCAUGGGCGUGGAGCUGGACGGCAUCCACCACCGGUCUGGACUCAAGAAGCUCUGGAAGAACUUUGUGAACGGCUUCAAGGCCCUCAUCGGGCAGCCCAUCCUACACGACAAGGUCAUCCCGGGCUUGUUCCCGGACAUGGUCAACACCAAGCAGGGGGGGUUCUUCAGCAAGCAGGGAGGUUACACGAAGAACACGGCCCCUUUUUACCACGGCAUGAUAAAGCUGCGCAACAUGGACUCGAGGCGGUAUAACCGGACGGCGGAGCUGUGGGUCGAGUCGGUCGAGGAUAUAAUGAAGCAUCUCACUUCGCAUCCCAUGAACCAUCGGAAUUUGACCUUUUUGGCUGGGUUUCAGGAUGCACAGCAUAUACCCAGGGCAGAAUUAACAAGCUGCUCUGCCGGCGCCAUGUUCAUCCUCGGCGGUGCCACCCUCAGGAGGCAGCGCUACAUCGACUUUGGCCUCAGAAUCGCCGAGACGUGCUGGACUGUGGCCAGCAGCAUGCCCUCAGGCCUUCCCCCUCGCGCGUUCAAAUGGAUCGACGCCGAGCUCACAGCCGGCACGAGGCGCAACCCCCUCCCGCCCGUUCACUUUGAGGCAUUCGCCAACGAAACGGGUUUCUGGCCGACGCAGCGCUCCUACACUCUCGAUUCAGACCUCUUCGAGACCAUGUACUACGCGUACCGCAUGACGGGGGAUAUCAAGUGGCAGGACCGCGCAUGGGACAUGUUUGUCAGCAUCAACUCAACAUGCCACGUCUCAAACGGCUUCGUGGGCAUAAACGACGUAACAGUAAAAGACGGAUACGACCUAGAAGGUGCCCCAGUCCAGGAUAAGGACCAGUGGAUCAACAAGAUGGAGGGCGAGUGGAUGUCGCGGACGCUCAAGUACCUGUACCUCAUGUUCGCGCCCAACGGGCCCUGGCAGCUGCAGUGGGACGGCGACGGGGCGUUUGUCUUUUCGCACGGCGGCCAUCUGAUCCAGAAGCCCCUGUGGAGGAGCCUGGACGCCUUUGGGCAUAGGAGGCAUCCUUGGCUGCCGGACUGGGAUGAGGUUGAUCCCAGGGUUACAGGUGGCUAUCAAGGCACGGAGCAUGAGGGCUGA